CGCCACCGCCGUCGAUAGAGAUAAAACAAAUGAUAGCUUACCGGUCUUUUUUAAGCGUUGAUCUUGCUUGGAAAUUCACAAAGGUUCAUGUAGUACCGAAGCGCACACAACACUUCCAGUUGUUGCAGAGGUGUUUUUCUUCAUGCGGUUUCAAUUAUAACUCGAGGACGCAUAUUGAAGGAGGUUUACGUGUUGACAUGGACCGGAAAAAACAGAAAAUGGUUGCUAAAACAUGGAGACCUGUUUCUACUCAAUCAAGGUCUACUGAAGGUGGUUUAGGUGAUGAGAAGCAUGAUUUUGUAGGUCAAGUGCAAGAAAUUAAAUGCACCGUCUCUUCGUAUGAGUCAACAGUUCAGAAGGCAGUGCAGGUUAGUGAAGGCAUUGACCUAGAAGGACGAGCAACACCUUCUGCUGAUGAUGAAUCACUUUCAGCAGCUCAGAAGCAUUCAGUUACAGUCAAGGCAGGGGCUUCCUUGAUGCGUUUUAUCAGAGGGAAAGGAGGUGCAACACAGAGGACAAUUGAGGAGGAAAUGAAAGUAAAAAUCAUACUUCCAUUCUCGCGGAAUGAGGAUUGCCUCAUCAUAGAAGGCAGUUCUGCUGAAAGUGUGGCAAGAGCAUCAGAUAGAGUCCAAGCUGUAAUUGAUGAGACAGUUAAAAGCCGAAAUCUUGACUACUCUCACUUUGUAUCACUUCCAUUGGCCAUACAUCCUGAGCUGGUCAACAAGCUCAUCAACUUCCAGAACUCAGUUCUUGGAAUUACAGUAGUUAAUGAAGAUGAAAAUUUGGAAUGUGAUUCAAGUGGUAAAACUUCUGAUUCGGAAGGUGAGCAGAACUUGAGCGAACCACAGAUUGCAGUGGAACUCAAAACUGAAGAUUCUAAUGAUCGUGUUAAAAUGGAUAAAACCAACAUACCACUCGUGAGUUACUCGCCUAAAGUAUCUAAGUCCUCUACCUCAGAAUCAAAGGCUUCUAAACUUUUAGAUUUGGGAAUUGAGAAAUCCAUCUUUAUUAAACCAAAAACAUUCCACUUGACUGUGCUCAUGCUGAAGCUUUGGAAUAAGGACCGAAUUGAAGCUGCUGCUGAAGUUUUGCGGAGUGUCUCACCAAAAGUAAUUGAUGCUUUGGAGAGCCGACCUGUGUCUAUAAGACUGAAGGGUUUGGAGUGCAUGAAAGGUUCUCCAGCAAAAGCUCGUGUUGUAUAUGCUCCUGUGGAAGUAAUUGGUGGUGAAGACCGACUUUUACGUGCCUGUCAGGUGAUCACCAAUGCGUUCAUUGAAGCUGGUCUUGUUCUUGAAAAUGAUUUAAACCAGAAGUUAAAGUUGCAUGCCACCAUAAUGAAUGCGCGGCACAGAAAAAGCAAAAAAGGAUCAAAAAAGGUUGAUUCCUUUGAUGCACGAAAGAUUUUUGGUCAAUAUGGCUCGGAAGACUGGGGGGAGUAUCUUAUCCCCGAAGCUCAUCUUUCACAAAGGUUUGUGUUCGAUGACGAUGGCUAUUACCAUUGCUGUGCUUCCAUCCCAUUUCCUGAAGAGAUGCAACUUGAUUGAGUUGUAGAAUCUAGGUUUAUAGUUUGUUUGUUUUCUGUUAUUGGUAGUAUGUUCUUGUAGUUAGUUGUGUUGAAUCGCCAGUAUACUCUAGGCCGUUUGAUUGAAGCUGAGAGUUGUUAUUCUGUGUGUGACCAAUGUACCCUGAAAGCCACAUAUGCCUCUCUUUUUUCUUAACUCAAUAUCAUCUGUAGAAUUCAAUAAAUUCAUGUCCUGCAUUAAGCA